AAUCUGAUCUACUCCAGUUCAUUUCUUUGCAGCCAGUCGAGGGCAACGGACACGUAAACGUUUAUAGAACAGAUUCUUAACCGGAAGAGAAACGGACAGUUGCAUGAGGCAGGCCUAGAGGAGCAACAGUUCCCACCCAAAGACAGCACGAAGAUGUCACAAAACCAAUCCUACUUCUGGCAAACGACCAGACACAAUGUAUACCUGAAGCGAUCCGCUAAAUGGCACAUGGCGCUGGCCCUCAUGGUGGUGCUCACAUUUGGCACAAUCUGUGCGGCGGAAUCACAGCCGGAUAGUGAAGAUAAUGCGGUGAUCCAAUCCGGCAUACAAAGUAACUUGGAGGUGCAGGGAGACUUGAACAGGCCAACGGACUUGAGCUCUUUAGAUGAAAAAGCAAAUGAAUCAGCGGACCGGCAGAAAACCAAGGGAAACUUUAUCGAUGCGUUCACCGCAUCGAUCUCUGUUAUCCUGUUAACAGAGCUAGGCGAUAAGACUUUCUUUAUAGCUGCCAUAAUGGCCAUGCGCCAUCCGCGUUUGAUUGUCUUUGGCGGAGCCAUUGCCGCCUUGGCCCUAAUGACGGUACUCUCAUGCGUAUUCGGCAUGGCAGCUAACUUUAUUCCUAAGAUUUAUACGUAUUAUAUCUCAACUGCAUUAUUUUUAAUAUUCGGUUUGAAAAUGCUGUACGAUGGCUACAAAAUGAAACCAACCGAUGCUCAAGAGGAACUCGAAGAGGUUCAGACUGAUCUGCGCAAGCGCGAGGAUGAGUUGAUGCGCAAGGCCAACGGAAAGUACGAGGAUUCUGACGCCAAGCGGAAGAACAGCAACUCGGACAAGGAGGAUGCCAGCGAACAGGCGCUCAUCCACGGCCGUGGCUCGAUCUCCACCGGAGCUGGAACUGCCAACAACGGAGAUUCCGACAUGCAACAUCGCCAGCGAAAGCAACGCAACAACAACCUUAACAAUAAUAGUAGUAAGCGAAAUAGCUGUGAUAAAACUGACAACGAUGAGGGUGCCGACCACGACCCCCACGAAUCGGAGGUCUUCCUCAAGGACGGCCGUAUUGUGGAGCAGCUGAAGAUGAAGACCUUCCACGGCAGUCCCGCCCAUUCGGCGGCCUCAUCGAACCAGACCGAACAAACCACCAACUCCAUUGCCGCCUCCCUCAACACCGUCGAUGUCCAGCUGGCUGGCCAUCCCACCGAUCAUCCGUCCGUUGGAGGCGUACCGGAGCCCAGGGCUCCGCUGGCCGGACACGAUAGCAUGCACAGUCUGAAUGGCAGCCUGAAUGGUGAUCUCACCACCGGACCGGCAAAUGGCUCCCUCAAAGCUCGGCUGGACCGUGAUGUGAAUGCUGCGCUGGUGAACGAUGCGGAGAGCGGUCGGCGCCGUCCCCAGCGCCGUGGUGCCACCUACUUUACCAUGCGAAUCUUUGCCCAGGCCUUCACGAUGACCUUCCUGGCCGAGUGGGGUGAUCGCUCCCAAAUAACCACCAUUAUUCUUGCCGCCAGUAAGGACAUCUUUGGAGUAAUCUCAGGCGGUGUUAUUGGCCACUGCAUCUGCACUGGCCUGGCUGUGAUCGGAGGUCGUCUUGUGGCUUCCAAAAUCUCCGUUCGCACUGUCACCAUUGUUGGUGGCAUUGUAUUCAUUGGCUUUGCCAUCUAUGAAAUCGCCAUGCCACCGGACGACUUGUAAAUAAAAGAAGCAAGCCAUGGAAUUUUAAUGCGAGAUUUGCCCGUUGACGACCCCACAUUAAUUGAAGAUCUAGUUUAGUUAAUCUUUAAAGACCACCCUUUUUCCCAUUUUUUGAGGAGCAACGCUGGCACGGCUAAGAGGAUUGUAUUGCCUAAGCCAACACUGAAGUAGUUUCAUAUUAUUAACUUAGCUUGCUUGCCAAAACAACCAAACAAAAGUGCCUUCAGUACUUUUCGCCUGGGCCAUGACAUUACACAUUUAGUUAAAAAACACUCAAAACAAAACAAUGAAUUCAUUUGUUCGAUUUGUUUGCCUUUAUUUGAUUUAUAUAACUUCCGUUUCGUGUUAAGUAUUAAAGAUGUUUGUUGUACAUAUGCGUGCUGAAGCUCCUCCGAGCUGACAACCUCUCCUCAGUAUCCCACAUCCUUAUUUGCAUAUUUUUGUUUACGUAGCAAUGUUUACUUAAAAAAAACACACAAAUUAAAACUAAAGAUUUAUGAGUAUUUAUGAUUUUUGUAUGAAAAACUUAGUAAAGUGAGCAAAACAAA